AUGAAAUCCGGUCAGGGUGCUGUACACCUAACUCUUAUCCGCCUGGAUCACCACUCUUUAACUUCGCCAGCAGAACGCUUACUUUAUCCAGAAGCAAUACCACACCAUCGUCUUGGUAUAACUUUAACACCAAUUAGUAAUCAUGGAUUAGCUGGACCAGCAACAUACGACCCUCAAUUUACAGGAAUCAAUGAUUUCAGCAAAAAGCCUAUGAGUUUACGUGGAUAUACUUUAGGCGCUAGAACAGCACCAAGACUGACUUCUCAAUUACAGAAUACUAAUGCUCCAGAUCCUGGGGCUUAUCAAAACCAUAUCAACAACACAUUAGCAGUGAAACCGAAUAAAAGGCCAUUUAAUCGUUGCGCACCAAGAAGUAAUAUGUCACCAAAUGUCACAUCUACUGUCGGGGUUGGAACAUACGAUAUAACAAGUGAAAUCGGUCGACGUGUACAAUGGCAAAGAGAUACAAUGUUACAUCCUGUCAAUCUGCCUACAAUUGAACAAAAGAGUACAAUACCCGUUAAUACAGAUAAAGUUAGUUAUCAGUUCUAUUUUAAAAGAAAUUAA